GCAUCGCGUGUCCUGGCAGAAGCGACGAUGCUCUUCAAAGGGACAAGUCCUGCAGACUGCAGCCGCUUAAAGAACUGUGGCAUCCCCGUGUUUGCGGUGUUCCUUAUGUGUUUGAGCGCUGGAGCAUCAUUUCUACCUGAAGGACGCGAGUACCUGGAACUUGCUGUGACACAAAGCAGAAAAAGAGGAACUUGGUGCUCCGAAAACAACUUGAGUCGUGGUGUGUAAGUUAAAGGUAUGGACACAGAUGCAGCCCAGCAAAGAGAACUCUUCUCAGCAGCAGGUAGCUAGCCAUGCCUGGCUAGUUUUUUAAUUUGGCUGCCCUGUUCCCUUCGCUAGAACAAUCAGGAUUUCCCAAGGCUUUUCAUUCCCCCUUUGGCCCUCUUCUUUGAACUGGACCAUCCCGCGGAGCAACAUGGGGGAAAGACGGACACGCUCCUUUCACGCGACGUGCCGGGUGCAGCGUGACUGUGGCAGGAGGCUGGGGAGCUCCUUCAUAAGUUGCAGCCCAAACGGAUGUACCAGCACCAGCAUCAGCCUGGACCAGGAGAUGGAUGUUGGCCUCGCGCCUCCCACCUGCACGGCUACCAGCAGCACUGCCCUGAGGUCCCCUGCACCUGACAGGAGCCACUACUCUCCUGUUUCACUGGAACCGGAGCCCGCGGCGGUGAAUAAUGGAUCAGGCAUUCCCUGCUGUCCGCCUGCAGACACAAAGGACCCGGCCCUGCAGAUUUUACAGAGCCAGCCCUCUCUCACCGCCAUCCCGCCACCUCUCCCUCGUUCAAGCUGGCUGCGUCAUCAUCAAAAGGAAUUCCACAGCCCUUACAUCAAGACUAGCAUGCAGGGGGAUAUUUACAACUUCCUAGAGAGGCCUGCUGGAUUGAAGUGCUUCCUCUACCACUUCCUUGUCUUCGUCAUGGUCCUGGUGUGUCUAAUCUUCAGUGUGCUGUCCACGAUAGAACAAUAUGCAGACUUUGCCACGGGUACCCUCUUCUGGAUGGAGAUUGUGUUGGUGCUGUUCUUUGGCACGGAGUAUGUGGUCCGGCUGUGGUCGGCAGGCUGCCGCAGCAAAUAUGCAGGCAUCAAAGGACGCCUCCGCUUUAUCAGGAAACCCAUAUCAAUCAUAGAUUUAAUUGUGGUCAUCGCCUCAAUCAUUGUGCUUGGUGUGGGGUCAAACGGCCAAGUGUUCGCAACAUCUGCCAUCAGAGGGAUCCGCUUUCUCCAAAUCCUGCGUAUGCUGCACGUGGACCGUCAGGGAGGAACGUGGAGGCUGCUGGGGUCUGUAGUCUUUAUUCAUCGACAGGAGCUGAUUACCACCUUGUACAUUGGCUUUUUGGGCCUGAUCUUUUCCUCCUACUUUGUCUACCUGGCGGAGAAAGAUGCUGUAGAUGAGGAGGGCAAAACGGGCUUCUCCAGCUAUGCCGAUGCCCUCUGGUGGGGUGUGGUCACUGUCACCACAAUCGGCUAUGGAGACAAAAUUCCUCAAACCUGGAUAGGAAAGGCCAUCGCCUCCUGCUUCAGUGUCUUCGCUAUCUCCUUCUUCGCUCUACCUGCUGGUAUCCUGGGUUCAGGUUUUGCCCUGAAAGUCCAACAGAAGCAGAGGCAGAAACACUUCAACAGACAGAUCCCUGCUGCAGUUGCCCUUAUCCAGACACUGUGGAGGUGCUAUGCAGCGGAGAAACCAAACGGCUCUGCAGCUACGUGGAAAAUGUACGUCCUGACUCCAGAGGGCGUUGCUGCCGCAGAAUCUGACAGAAGGAAACGGAACUUUUCGAAAAAGUUGAACAAGAGGAGGACGAAGUGCCGAGGAAAUGGUUCUAUGGGUGUCGGUUCAGAGAGAGCUGUGUCGAUUCCCCAGAUCACCUAUGAUCAUAUUGAUGACUCUGAGGAGAAGAAGGACGUCUCGUUUUUCCGUGAAGAGCCAAGGGGAACUGUGGAAGGAAUCACCAGGAUGCUCAGGCAAUCAGGCCCUCCUCAACAUUCUUGGUCAUCUUUCACUCUGAGCUGUCCUGGCUCUCCAGUGAAGAGGAGUCCUAAUAACAGCACGUCCAUCGAUAUCUCCCGAGCCAACAGCUUAACUGAUGAGCUAGACGACAUGAGCGAGGAUAUUGCACUGCCUGCGGUGACUGACAAAACUCAGUUGUCCCAUGCCCAGAGAUCUGCGGUAAAAGUCCUCCGCAGAAUGCAGUACUUUGUGGCCAGGAGGAAAUUUCAGCAAGCUCGGAAGCCCUAUGAUGUGCGAGACGUGAUCGAACAGUAUUCCCAGGGUCACCUCAACAUGAUGGUCCGCAUCAAGGAGCUGCAGAGAAGGCUGGAUGGCACUCUGGGAAAGCCGGGCAUGUUUCUUCCAGGAAAAGGAGAAGAUAAAGAAUACCCAACUAUUGGGGCUCGUCUCAUCAGGCUGGAAGAUAAGAUCCAUCAGAUGGAUGAGAAAAUGGACUCGGUUCUACGGAUCCUGUUGGAGCAGUUCCCACCCAAAGUAGAGCUGACGUCCAAGCCCUCUAUCCGCAGGGUGACCAUCCAGAAACGGAUGGGUGGCAGCACCGACGAGGGCCCCUGAUGUUGCAGAGCGGCUCGCGUUGGCUACGAUGACGUCAUCACCAAAGGACAAUUAAAGGAGCAGGAGUUCACAUAAACAGCCUAACCCCUUAUGUGGGGACUUAAUAAGGGGGUUCAGUCUUCCGAAAUCACCCGUCCCCCGACCCUACCUCUAUUCCUUUCACAGUUCCAAAUUUUCAAAUUAACUUUUGACCCUUGAGAAGAGAACAACUUCUAAUUGUCCACUUCACUGUGAUUUUGGACACAAGGGCAAAACAACCACUCGAGUGGGAUUGAUGUGUGGAAAGCAGACUGACUGGCUGACUUCUUCCUUUGGGUGUUUGCUGGCUGUGUAUGAGUGAUUUUUUUUAAAGUUUUCUCAAUGUAGCUUUGUCUUCUAUACUAGUCAGUCUACCCCCGCAGCACAGUCAUUCAAGCAGCGACAUGCUGCAUGAAUUUAUUUCACUACAUUAGCCCUCAUAAUCGCACUACUCUGUGAUGUUAAUUUAUGUGUGGCCUGUCAGUGAGCUGCAUUCCUCUACUGCAAAUAUUAUUCCAAAGCUAACUAACCCCGUAAUGAAGUCGUAAUGCAAUCAAAGCCCUGAAGUUCCCAAAGACAUAGGAAAAAGAAACCCAACUCAAAGUCCAGCCAUGGCAGAGGAAUUCCACAAAUCCUUCUGAUUAUCUUGGCACCACCAAUACCGAGCACACAGCGGAGUUAUAUCCAUAGAUACAUAUCCAUCUCGCCUAGCUGUACUCAAACUGUGGCAGGUGUUUGUUGGUAGUGAUCGAAUAACACGAGGAGGGUAGACGGUUUAUCUGUUGACUUUUUCCUACGUUGGGACCGGAGGGCUGGAGUGGAAGAAAUUAAGCUAACCAAAUGUGUAUGGUCCAGGCUGGGUAGCUAACACGGUGCUGAUUUGCAGCUGCGUUAACGAUAAUAAAACAGACAAACCACUGAGACAAGAUCGGACGCUGUACAGUCAGGAGUUGCAGCAUGGACUGUGUGCUUGCUCGAGGUUUUCCUGUAGGUGUCAAGCUCACAUGUUUUAACCUUACACCACUGCUAGGAUUCUGCGGGACAGCUUCUGUUACCCUCGUCAUGGCGUUCCCACUGCUGUGUUGAAUAUGAGAUAAAUUUGCCCCAUUAAAGCUCUGAUUAUUUUUUCUCUCCUGAGCUAAUUAAGUGUUGAAUUCCCGGUAAGGACAGAUUUCUGUCUAUAAGCAGGUAGUGAAAAAAAAGACACAGUGCAGAAUUUAAACAGAACGCUUUGAGGAGCUGGAGUGCUAAUUCUGUGUGAAAGCUUUUUGGGAAAAGUCAGCUACCACCGAGGGCGAUCGUCUGAAAGAUAAAGACAAUGCUCUCAUUUUGUUUCUACACUCACAUUAUCUAUCUGACAGAGGCCACUGAGGCAUGGAAGAAGUAGAAAAUAGAAAAUAACUCAACUAUGGAGCUGUAGUAUGAAAGGCCUCCCAUAAUUAUAGCAUGCACAUUCCUAAAAAGACGAAUGCACACACAAAAAGAAGGGCGAACAAGGGAAGCAGAAAGCUCUUUCUCUGCACAAAUGUGUGUUUUCUUCUUCUUCUUUUUUUGCAGUGGUUAAAAAUGUACUAUUAUUUAUUGUCUAUUACCUAAAGUGGGUGUAAUUCUUCUCCUGUACAGUUUUAUAGAAAUUGUAAAUAGAAACAUUGCCUUAUUGUUCUGUAUUUAUUAUAAUGUGUAAAAAGAAAAAAGAUCAGCCUGGAAUAUGUCUGCUUGUCUGAUUGGUUUAAAACAUGGUGAGGUUCCUGUUGUCCAGAUGGAUGGAAAUGAUUGUAAAUGAUACUCUCACACACCCUGUGCACUGUAGCUCUGCUGUAAAUAAUAAAACUCCAUUUCAUUAAA